AGAGAGAGAGAGAGAGAGAGAGAGAGAGAGAGAGAGAGAGAGAGAGAAAGAGAGGGAGUGAGAUGCAGUGAGGGGAGGAGGGCUGUCGGCUUUGUACAGCACUCGGACAGUCAGUUUUCAGCACUCAGAGAUGUGAAUCAACAGGACGUGGACCACCUCCUCUCCACUGCGUACCUCCUCUCUCUCUCCUUCUCACCUCCCCUCGGUCUCAAACAGUUCGCAUUCACCUCCCUUCCUCUGAGAGAAGCAGCUACUAAAUGAAUGACCACAAGGACUAUCGCUCCCCGGAUUCCCUCUCAAAGGAAAUGGAUUGCAAAAGAAUGUGAAAAAGAGAGAAGUCCUGUCUGGAAAGAGCAGAGCGUCGGCGAACUCUCCGUAAGGAAAGCAUCGCAGCACCGCGGCGACGCGGGUUCUCCCGGGUUCCACAUGGAAUCGAGCUGAGCCGCUCCGGACCGGGACCGUCGGGAUGAGCGGGAUGGACGUCCCGGCAGAGGCCUGGAACGGCUCUGUGCCGCAGAACGGGACCUUCCUCCGGGUCGCCCCCCCCACCUCCGCCGUCUCCGCCGCCGCCGCCGCGGACGCCUCGUCCGAGCGCCCCGAGAACGUCUACGUCUACGUCUCCAUCUUCCUCAGCCUGCUGGCCUUCCUCCUCACGCUGCUCGUCAUCGCCCUGCACAGGCUGAAGAACAUCAUCUCCUCCAGCUCCGCGUACCCAGAGUGCACCAGCGAGGGCGGGAGCUCCUUCACAAACAUGGAGAUCUGCAGCCUGUCCUCACAGAGGUCCACCGUGUCCUCUUUGUCCUCCUAAGUCGCCCGGAACCUGACAAACUGUGUGUGUGUGUGUGUGUGUGAUUCCCUCUCUCCCUCCUUCUCACACUCACACUAAUAUAAUUAAAUAUGCGCAUGUUUAUUUCAUGAAAUACCAGGGCUACAGAGGCAGACACACACUCACAAACCUUAUAAUAUAAUGUAAAUAAAUACAACACAUCGACACGCACAAGCAAUAUGCGGACACAUGCUCGGUCUAUAAUAUGCAUAAACACGCUCCCACGGACACAUAAAAAUGCUUUAUCUCUCUUCCUCCCUUUCAUUCUCAUUUUCUCCUCCUCAUUUGCUCUCUCCCUCCUUCUCUCUCUCCCUCUCACUCACCCACCCACACACACACACACACACACACACACACACACACACACACACACACGGAACAGAAUGAGUAAAGGGCAGGGCCGCAGUCUGUAAUGGUUCUAAGCCCAUCUGAUAAAGGCUAACGGGCUCAUUCCGCUGUAGCACGGUGAGCGCCGGGCGAUGUGCAUGCCUCAUAAGAGCCCCGCUGAAGGCUGGCGGGAAGUUCAUUAGCACGUUAGCGCCGCCGACCGCACUCUCUCUGGAGGCGCGGGGACGUUUGGGGGCGGAGCCGUGCCGCUCGGCGUGCCGCUCGAACCUCUGGCCGUAGCAUCGCGGCGGUGUUAGCGCCAGGGAAGAACACAACAGGCUUGGAUUCUUCAUCUUUGCUGCCCCCACGCCCCCCCCCCCCACCGAUCGCACGCCUUCUCAACCCCACGAACCGGCACAUUUCGGACCGCCACCAGCCCCCGCCGUCCGUCAGCAUUCCGCAAAAAUCGGCAUGGCAACAUUCUACCAGCACCAGCAGAGCCGUCCCUAGGCAAAAUAAAAAUUUGGGGGCCCCUCCAAAACUUUGGCACCCUCUGAUUCCUCUGCUGUCAAAGGAAGGCAAGAAAAGUGGGGCCCUGGGCUGGAAGGCGGGGCCUUGAGCAAGGAGAGGGGGGGGAGCCAGGGUGAGGAGGUGUGGCCCUGGGCAAGGAGACGGGGCCCAGGGUGAGGAGGUGUGGCCCUGGGCAAGGGGGGGGGGGGCAGGGUGAGGAGGUGUGGCCCUGGGCAAGGAGACAGGGCCCAGGGUGAGGAGGUGUGGCCCUGGGCAAGGGGGGGGGGCAGGGUGAGGAGGCCGGCGGGUUGCUUCAUAUUUGUGGAGGAUGCUGGGAAGCCUGACACCUCCCCAUUCGCCGGCUGCUUCGACCCACAGUGCAGCACAAUGUUAGGGGACGCAUUUGGUGCGGGCGUAUCCCAGCAACAACAAAAAGAAUGUACAGAACUCAGCGUUGGCACAAUGUUGAAAUAAACGAGUAAACAACG